AUGCACAAAUGUUGUACCUCUCAUCAAACGCAGAGACCUCAAAGGAGGAUACAUGGACUACAGCUGCCUUUAAACUACCUCCAAGUUCUAGGAUGGAUGGUGUUUGUUAUAACAACAUUACUCAACUUUGUUUUAUUAAUUCAAAUACAAUUUGACGACUUAAAAUUGGCAUCAAUUGGAAUAUUUAGUUUAUUAUACAUAUUUCACGUCGUAUCACAUCUAGCUGCUCUGUUGUUGGAUCCAAGUGAAAGUGAUUUGAGAAAACAAGAAGUUAACACUGUCCCCGAGUUCGACCGCACAAUCCACGCCCACGUUAUCGAAAAUGGAAGAUGUCACCUAUGUAAUAUAAACACUACUGAUAAGAAAACUAAGCAUUGUGGCAUAUGCAAUAAAUGCGUUUAUCAUUUCGAUCAUCACUGUAAAUGGCUAAAUAAUUGUAUCGGACGACGAAAUUAUAUAGCCUUCAUAAUAUGCGUUGUUUCUGCCUUGUUGAUAUCACUAUUUACCUCGAUACUAUGUUUAACAGAUAUUGUUCUGUUUUUUAAAGAUUCGAAUGAAUUUAGUUCUGCAGCACUUAAUUUUAUUAAUUGUACUCAAACAGCUGAUAAUGAAGUUUCAAAAUAUUGUAGGAACUCAAUAUUAUUUUUAACUUUUCUAGUCACAUUUUGUAUAAGUGGAUUAGCUAUUGCAUGUGCAUUAUUGCAUUUGUUAUGUUUUCAUAUCUAUAUAUCAGUUUUAGACAUUUCUACUUAUGAAUAUAUAAUGAAGAAUUCGAACAGGAAUGAUAAUUCUAUGAGAUUUCGCUGUUGCAGGACCAAAACUAAAAGGCUCUACUUAAUCAAUCAAAAUAAAGUAAGAUCUAGUGAAGAGGGAAACGGUAGACAAAAUAUAUCUCGAGAACAAGAAAAUCAACCAACCAUGAAAAAUUUAAUAAAUACUUUAAUUAAUGAUGAAAUAAACAAAGCUAAGAAGAUUUUUUUAUAUGAAAAUAAUAAAAUACACCCUGAUGAACAAAAACAUUCUAGC